UUUUCUUCUCGCACGUAAAAUAUAUAUUUAGGAUUUCGCUUCCCAUAGUAACCAAAUCAAACCGUCUUUCGUUUUCCUUUUCCUUUCUCUCUCCCAAAAAAAUAUCUCGGUUUUCUUCAUUUCUUUUUUGUUUUUUCUCUAACAUGGCGGAUUCAAAGAGCAAAUUAGAGUCUGUGAGGGAAUGGGUCGCUGAGCAUAAGCUUCGUACUGUUGGAUGUCUAUGGCUUAGCGGAAUAGCGGGUUCAAUCGCAUACAACUGGUCUCAACCCAACAUGAAAACCAGUGUGAAGAUUAUUCAUGCUAGGUUGCAUGCACAGGCUCUUACACUGGCUGCAUUAGCUGGUGCUGCAGUGGUUGAAUACUAUGACCACAAAUCUGGAGCAAAGGCUGAGCGAUAUGCGAAGUUCCUCCAAGUUGAUCCUUACACUCACAAGGAUUAAGCAUAAUAUUCCAUUAAAACAUGCAUUUAGGGAAUAUUUGUUGGGGGAUACAAAAUCGAACAGCUUGCAAUAAAAAGCAUUUGUACGGAUAUAUACCAUUACAAUUCUUAGGGAUGUUUUGGGUUACUUUAGCGUGGUACAAAUUAUGUAACAAGUGAUUAGAAAGAGAGCUCGAGGGAUGUCAUAUACGACUAAACAAUUGGGUUCAAAUUGAUUUCUUAUUGACCGUAAAUUUUUGAAUCGUAUUCUUGAAAGAUUUUUGAAAGAAAUGAUUGGUUUCUACAUGAAUAAGAAUGUGCUUCUUUUAUGCC